UGAAUGUGCUUCCAGGCCCAGUCCCCUCAAUGAGCUCAGACCCCCUACCUCCCCUGCUUGUGGGGCUCAGCACAGACAGAUGAAGGACUGCUGGCUGCAAGGACCCAUCAAUUGGACCCUGAAUAAGAGAAGAUCUCUUAAGCAUAUGUCUGUCCCCUUCAAAACUGGGGAUGUAGAGCUUUGAAACUAGAAAAUGCCAGGUCUGAGAGAGAGGACAAAACAAGCGCAGCAACACACAGGGCUCUGUGUAUUCAGAGGGAAGUUGGCAGGGUUGUGUUCGGGCAGAGAAACUCCGAGUGGUACAAAGGGACGUGCCCAGAGUGGAGAAAUCAUGCUAAUUGUGUGCACCAGAGCUGGAGAACGCCACCCAAAAUGAAGAGAGAAAGGGGAGCUCUGUCCACAGCCUCCAGUGCCCUGCACCUCACUCCUUUGGUCUACCUUCUUCUGAUCCAGACAGAGCCCCUGGAGGGGGUGAACAUCACCAGCCCAGUGCGCCUGAUCCAUGGCACUGUGGGAAAGUCAGCCCUGCUCUCAGUGCAGUAUAGCAGCACCAGCAGUGACAAGCCUGUGGUGAAGUGGCAGCUGAAGCGGGACAAGCCAGUGACUGUGGUGCAGUCCAUUGGCACCGAGGUCAUUGGCACCCUGCGCCUCGACUACCGGGACCGCAUCCGCCUCUUUGAGAACGGCUCCCUGCUUCUCAGUGACCUGCAGCUGGCAGACGAGGGCACUUAUGAGGUGGAGAUCUCCAUCACCGAUGACACUUUCACCGGGGAAAAGACUAUCAACCUCACUGUGGAUGUGCCCAUUUCAAGGCCACAGGUGUUGGUGGCUUCAACCACAGUCCUGGAACUCAGUGAGGCCUUCACCCUGAACUGCUCACAUGAAAAUGGCACCAAGCCCAGCUACACCUGGCUGAAGGAUGGCAAGCCCCUCCUCAACGACUCGAGGAUGCUGCUGUCCCCUGAUCAGAAGGUGCUCACCAUCACCCGAGUGCUCAUGGAUGACGAUGACCUGUACAGCUGUGUGGUGGAGAACCCCAUUAGCCAGGGCCGCAGCCUGCCCAUCAAGAUCACUGUGUACAGAAGAAGCUCCCUCUACAUCAUCUUGUCCACAGGUGGCAUCUUCCUCCUAGUGACCUUAGUGACCGUCUGUGCCUGCUGGAAACCCUCCAAAAAGUCUAGGAAGAAGAGGAAGCUAGAGAAGCAGAGCUCCCUGGAGUACAUGGAUCAGAGCGAGGAGCGUCUGAAAGCAGAAGGUGAGCUCCCGGCCGCCCACUCGCCCAUCCCAUCACCACUCAGAUCAGUGGGCUGCUGGGAAAAGGCAGGACUAGGCGACAAGCAAGCCAGCUCUGCAGGGCCCCUUCCUCCACCAACCACACGAAGAUUGCAGAGCAGGGAGAGGUGCAGCCAAGCAGACACCCUGCCCAGAAGUGGAGAGCAGGAACGUAAGAACCCCAUGGCGCUCUACAUCCUGAAGGACAAGGACCCACCGGAGCUCGAGGAUAAACCCGCCCCAGAGCCUCGGAGCGCAGUGGAGUCCAGCCCACCCGGCUACUCUGUAUCCACUGUCCCAGGUCGCUCGCCGGGCCUGCCCAUCCGCUCAGCCCGCCGCUACCCGCGCUCCCCAGUGCGCUCGCCCACCACCGGCUGGACGCACACGUCACCGCCCCGGGCCCCAAGCUCUCCAGGCGGCCCACGCAGCGCUUCGCGCUCACUGCGGACUGCGGGCGUGCACCUGAUCCGCGAGCAGGACGAGGCGGGCCCAGUGGAGAUCAGCGCCUGAGCGCCCACCCUAGAAGUGCCCUGGCUUCGACCCUGGGGCGCCAGGAGCAGGCCCAGUGGCAGGGAGGGGAGGGAGAGCAUGGAGCUGCAGGGUUGGCACCGGGAGUGGUUCUAAUGGGGCGCCCCGCGGUGAUUGCGCUUGGCUGUGUUCUCACUGGGUUUACCCCCUUAGGGUCCUAUAGAUUCUUACAUCCUCAGCCCAAUCCCCCCAUGGUUGUAAGGAAACUAACAUCCAGUAACCAGCUGCUUUCACUAUCCUGCACCUUCCCAGAGAUCCCCUCCCUUGCUUCCCACAAACACCCACUUCCUGUGGCUCACUUCUAGCAAGCAGCCUUCCCCAGGAAGUCAGGUGUCACCACCUGGCACAGGAGUUCUCUGUUCAGGGCAUCUCUGAGCCUGGGGCUGGGACUCUGGCACCUGGCUGCCAGCUGUUAAGGGAGGAGCUCCAGCACAUUCCCCUGCAGUGCCCUGGGCAGAGCACUCCAGUCCCCAGCUCUUGGCUUCCUCCCAGCCGCCCUCAGACAUGCCACAUUCCUUCCACCUCCCUUCCUCUAGUGAGGAGGAUUUUCACUAACCCCUCACAUCCAUGCUUUCUCCCUGACCUCUUACUAAACAAACCUUUCAAACAAUCAUUAUCUCCAAGAAAGGUGAAGCUUCCUCCAGUUGUAAGAGAAAAAGGUUCCACUCCCCAGAGAAGCAGGAGGAGGCAUUAUUCCCCAGCCUGUGUGUGGGGGGGGAGAUACCAACCCUAGGCCCACAGUCCUCUCCCCAUCCCAGAUGUUGGGUCCCCCUCCCCAGUAGACAAGAUGUGAAGAUUCCCCAAUCACACAGCAAGGCACAGUGUAGGCUACUGAACAGCGGUAGGAAGGAGCAAUCAAUAAGCUGGAAGAGAAGGGGCCUUCUGUGCUUUCUGCCCUCUCUUCUCCAUGCCUCUAGGGACGCCCCUCCACCCUCACCUCCAUAGCAUGCCCCUCCCAACACCAAGCUCCAUGUUCUGCUUUUGGCUUACUGAGCAGGUCCCCUCAAGUUAGUUAGAAGCACACCCCCUGGCCCAGGUGCCUCACCCACAGUGAGACAUUGCAAGCAGGGAAAGCUGCUUCUGUGGGUUCAGGUGGUCUUCAGGCCUUGGAGACAUGCAUACCAGUGAGCCACAGGCAAGGGUGAACAUUGGAGUGAGAGGGGAAUUUGCAGCUUUGGUUCAUCCCCUGAGAGGUCACUUCCAAAUCUGCCUUGAGUCUUGGGGGUGGGGGCAAUGGGGUUGAUUAGAGAUCAGUAAGAAAGUGGGUCUGUUUUGGUUUUGAUCUUCAUCAUUGUGUUACUAGCAUCUAGCAGAGUGCCUCACACAUCCUGGAUGCUCAAUAAACUAUUGA